GGACAAAAUAAACUGACAAAAUGGCUGCUGUUAAAGCCAGACUGUCGUUUUGUAUGUGCAACGCCUUGCUCGGACUGAUUCAAUGAACCAGACUGAUCGACAGAGCUCAAUGCGGCGCAGGACGCCAUCAAUAUCAACAAGAGCGAAGAAGAAGAAACUGACGUCAUCACCAGGCGACAACAUGGAUGUGCCCGAUGAAGUUGUUCAAGCGAGCGAUUUGGAAAGCGCGAUUAAAAUGAAGGAGCGGUUGGAGAAACGCAACAAAGCAAGACUUGAGGACGUGGAGCGGCGCAAAGAAGCCAAAGAGAACCAAUCGGUCGCCAAGGAGAGUGUCGUCUAUUUUCUCAGCACCUUCAACGACGAGCUGGCGGCUGUCGAGGAGAUGCUCUGCGCCUGCUCUGACGCGGACCAAACGGCGGUGGCGCAGAAGCUGGACGAAGCUUCGAGCAAAACUGUAGAGUUGCAAAAGUACCUCAACGACAGCAUGGCGUUUCUGACCACCUACGACCAACGGAAAGCCCAGAUGGCCCUUCAGAAGCUUCAGACACGUCUCAAUGAAACAAGGGAGCAGGCCAUGCCGAAGAAGAAAUUCGGCUUUCAGGGCCGCACCAAAACGUCAACAGCCCCGGUGAAGGACGCUGUCGUGUCUCCAUUUGCAGAGCACAGGGCUGCACAAGUGGAUGGAGACCCUGAUGGUCCACAGUGCGGCUUCUCUAACAUCAGCGACAUGGUCCUCGUGAAGACCGCAGAAGAGAUCCACAAAGAGGAUGUGCUCUUGUCCCACCUGUCCAACUGCAAGGUGCGUCUCUAUGGUACGCCCAGCACGCUGCACCUGAAGCACAUCGACCGCUGCGAGAUCCUAUGCGGGCCUGUGGCCACCUCAGUGUUUGUGGACCACUGUCAGAGCAGCACCUUGGCUGUGGCCUGCCAGCAGCUGCGUACCCACAACACCAAAGACACCUGUGUCUACCUGCACGUCACCAGCCGUGCCAUCGUGGAGGACUGUCACGGCGUCCGCUUUGCACCAUACACCUGGUCCUACCCCAACCUGGAUGAAGACUUUGGCGCGGCUGACCUGGACCCAAGUUCUAACAAUUGGGAGCAGGUGGAUGACUUUAACUGGCUUGCCGCAGGGACGCCGUCACCUAACUGGACCGUUAUUCCCGAAGCAGACCGGAAGACCACAUGGGACCCCUAGUGUCCCCUCAGUGCCUUUUAAAUUACAAAGUGCAAGUUAUAUCUAAAAUGUAGAAUGCAUUGAGAAGUAAACUCCUGUAAUAAAGCUUGUCUGAUUAUUUAUUAAAUCAAUUCAGAUCCAAGGUG